AAGCCGGAGACGGUUGUGAGGGAAGCCCCGCUUCGGGGCGCUGUGGCUCUGCCUCACAGGCAGGCUCUGUCGGGCUCGGCCCUUUCGUGGCGGCGGCGGCGGCGGCGACGGACGACGACGAGGAGGCCGGAUCGAGGGCGGGACUGAGGCGGGAAGGAGCGAGAGGGAGGCGGCCACAGCGGCGGCAGCGAGAGAAGCGGCGGCGGCGGCGGUUGCUUUGGUCUGGCGUGGCCCGGAGCGGGUUCGAGCGGCGUCGGGCGAGGCCGGGCCAGACCAGGCCGAGCCGGAGGCGACCAGGCCGGAUUUGUGCGGCGGUGGCGGCGCUAUUCCCCCCGCCAGAGAGCCACUCGGGCGCCCGCCGCCGCUCCCGACCUGCGCCUGGCCGGGCGCGGCGGGACAAAGAGGGGCCUCCCGAGAGGCCUCCCGGCUCGGCCCGGGAGAGGCCCACAGAAGAGUGGACCGAAGUAAUGCCUGCCACCGGUGGAUCGCCUCGCUAGGACCUUGAGCGGGCUGCUUAUUACCUGGUGUUGUAAAGCCCAGAAGAGAGGAAGGUCAAGGCAGCUCCACCCCGUUCCUGUUCCCCCUUUGGGGGGGGGAAGCGGAGAUUAUAUUAACAGGUGAUGGAUCCUCUGAGCCGCCCAAGCGGGGAUAUUAUGCGGCGGAACCCACAGCAAGACUAUGAGCUCAUCCAGCGUGUGGGCAGUGGCACUUACGGAGACGUCUACAAGGCCAGAAAUCUGCAUACUGGAGAAUUGGCUGCCGUAAAAAUUAUCAAGUUAGAGCCAGGAGAUGACUUUUCAUUGAUUCAGCAAGAGAUCUAUAUGGUUAAGGAAUGCAAGCACUGUAAUAUAGUAGCUUACUUUGGAAGCUAUCUCAGCCGUGAGAAGCUGUGGAUUUGUAUGGAGUACUGCGGAGGAGGAUCCCUUCAAGAUAUUUAUCAUGUGACAGGGCCGCUAUCGGAGUUACAGAUUGCAUACGUUUGCAGAGAGACGUUGCAGGGACUUGCUUAUUUGCACAUGAAAGGCAAAAUGCACCGGGAUAUUAAGGGUGCAAAUAUUCUGCUGACGGACCAUGGGGACAUCAAGUUAGCUGACUUUGGCGUCGCAGCAAAAAUAACAGCCACCAUCGCAAAGAGGAAGUCGUUUAUUGGCACCCCUUACUGGAUGGCCCCGGAAGUUGCAGCUGUAGAAAAGAAUGGCGGCUACAACCAGCUGUGUGACAUCUGGGCUGUGGGCAUAACGGCCAUCGAGCUCGGAGAACUGCAGCCGCCCAUGUUUGAGCUUCACCCCAUGAGAGCCCUCUUCCUAAUGUCCAAAAGCAACUUUCAACCUCCAAAGCUAAAGGAAAAAACAAAAUGGUCAUCAACAUUCCACAAUUUUGUUAAAGUAGCACUUACAAAAAAUCCAAAGAAGAGGCCAACAGCGGAAAGACUUCUUACACAUAGCUUUGUGGGGCAGCCUGGUCUUUCUCGAUCGCUGGCCGUUGAACUAUUGGAUAAAGUCAACAACCCUGACAACCACCCCCAUUACGCUGAAGCAGAUGACGAUGAUUUUGAGCCGCACCCCAUUAUUCGCCACACCAUUCGCUCUACUAACCGGAAUGUUAGAGCAGAGAGGACGGCAUCUGAAAUAAAUUUUGACAAGUUGCAGUUUGAGCCACCUUUAAGGAAAGAGACAGAAGCACGGGAUGAAGUGGUGGUAGCAGGGGCACAGUUUGCUUCUCACUGGAAUCCUUUUGUUGACGUUGGAAGUUGCACCAAGGGACUUCUUACCAGAUUUGGCGACGGCCACGAAGAUGCUGAGGAAUCAACACUGAAGCGGGCAGGACCCCCUCCUCUACCUCCAAAGCCCAGGCUCAGUAUUUAUCAAGAGGAAAGUCUUGUGGACGAUGAGAAGUCUCAGACGAUCAAGUAUUGCCCUGACCCUCAUAACCAAGCCCCACCAGCUCAUAGGAGGCAAAGUAUCCCGGUGUGUGGGCCGCAGAUGGAGCCCUCCCCAGCUGGCAUGACCAGCAGCAUCAGCAGCCCUGGUUUGCUCACAGCCAGGUACAGUGACUUGGGCAACGGGGACAGUGUGCCAAAGCUAGAGGAAAAUGCGGAUGGUCUCGGCCACGUGCCGCAGCUGCCACGGAAAAAGGAGAAGCGGGAAUUUCCGAAGCCAGCAAUUAAUGGCCUCCCACCGACGCCCAAGGUGCUGAUGGGAGCAUGCUUCUCCAAAGUGUUUGAUGGCUGCCCUCUGAAGAUCAACUGUGCCACCUCAUGGAUACAUCCAGACACAAAAGAUCAGUAUAUUAUCUUUGGGACCGAAGAAGGCAUUUACACGCUGAACCUCAACGAGCUGCAUGAAGCCACUAUGGAACAGCUCUUUCCACGGAGAUGUACCUGGCUCUAUGUCAUCAACAAUACCUUAAUGUCGCUCUCAGGGAAAACAUUCCAGCUCUACUCCCAUAAUCUAAUAGCUUUGUUUGAACAAGCCAAAAAGACAGGACUAGCUGCUCACAUUCAGACCCAUCGAUUCCCCGACAGAAUAUUACCAAGGAAAUUUGCCUUAACAACAAAGAUCCCAGAUACUAAAGGGUGCCAUAAAUGCUGUAUAGUAAGAAAUCCAUAUACGGGCCAUAAAUACCUCUGUGGAGCUUUGCAGUUGGGGAUUGUCUUGCUUCAGUGGUAUGAACCGAUGCAGAAGUUCAUGUUAAUCAAGCACUUUGAUUUCCCGUUGCCAACCCCCUUGAACGUAUUUGAGAUGCUGGUGAUCCCAGAACAGGAAUACCCCAUGGUGUGCGUGGCAAUAAGCAAGGGGGCAGAACCAAAUCAAGUUGUUCAGUUUGAGACGAUCAACUUGAACUCAGCUUCUUCGUGGUUUACAGAAAUCGGUGCAGGCUGCCAACAGCUUGAUGCCAUCCAUGUCACCCAGCUGGAGAGAGACACUGUUCUCGUCUGCUUGGACAGAUUUGUGAAAAUUGUGAAUCUGCACGGGAAGCUGAAGUCAAGUAAGAAGCUGGCCUCGGAACUGAGUUUUGAUUUCUGCAUUGAAUCUGUAGUGUGCCUUCAAGACAGUGUGCUAGCCUUCUGGAAGCAUGGCAUGCAAGGCAAAAGCUUUAAGUCUGACGAAGUAACCCAGGAGAUCUCAGAUGAAACGCGAGUGUUCCGCUUAUUGGGCUCUGACAGGGUGGUGGUGUUGGAAAGCAGGCCGACUGAUAACCCAACCGCACACAGCAAUCUCUACAUUUUGGCAGGCCACGAAAACAGCUACUAGUCGACCGUAACCCAACUCGAACUGUGAGCCAAGGAAUAUGUCACAUAAGGAAGCAGACCCUUAAGGAAACCAUGUCCAAGCCGGACUUUCUCUCUGUCUGUCGUCUUUCUCCCCCGCCCCCCCCUUCGCUUUACUGUAUCACUAUCCAAAUGGACUCUAUUUUAGGAUCAAGAGCCAAAGGUCACCUGCGUCUUGCAGCUGAGGAGCCAGCUGUUCUGUCACUUGCCACUAUGUGGUUAGUUAUGUCAAGUUUGCUUAAUAAAAGCUAUGAGAUUACAAGUCCCUCUGGUUCGUUAGGCCUAUGGAAACACAACGGUUGACAAAUCCCAAAUGCGUUUAUGGUGCCAUACAAUUCUUGACCUGUACUUCUCUGUGCUCCUGGUCAAAAAAGUCAAGGCUGCUGCUUCUAUUCUGACAAUGCCAACUUUUGAAUGCAAGUGGCUGAUGUCAAAAUUGGAACAUUUGCAGCUGCCAAGGAGGGGCUGCUUUUGGGACCUGACCCAUGGCGAAUGCCUCCCACGCGAAACCCUUCCGGAUCUUAUCUAGGGCCCCACAAAUGCCCCCAUUCCAAGGGGUCAUUGGUGUUCCCAGGAUCCAAUGUUUUUGUUUCAUUUUUUUAAUGCAACUGUUCUUUGUGGGUUUGUAAAAUAACUAUUUAAUCCUUAUUUAUUAAUCUGCUGCUAGGGUGGUGUGAUGUAUCUUAACUUCUAGCACAUGAAGGUUGCAGAGCAGCUUUGUUUUUUUGUUGAGGGGGAGUGGGGGGGUUUCUUUCCCCCUCAUUGUCUUUUUUUUUUUUUACAGUUGUACAAAGAAACUAGUAUUCAUUUCACCCUUUUCCUCUUAGAAUGGAGCACAUUGUCUGAGGGAGGUGCAUAUAUAUAGAUAGAUAGGGGAUGAGGGGUGGGGGGACCCUUUUGGCUAUUCCCGUAUAAAUGCCGUUUUGUACAUGAGUAUUUUGUAUGGGUUUUGCUUGCCGAAUUUGUUGUCAGAGGGAGCAUGUGACAGAAGUGCAAGCUGUAUCUUAGUGAGGAAUUGAGAAACACCAUUGGAGGAUGGCUGGAUGUGUACAGCAGAUGGGCAGAUGUGUAGCUUUGUGUGUGCAUGAGUGUGUGUCUGGAGGGAAAGUUGCUUCACACGUCCACAAGUUCCUGAGAACGUACAGGGGUGGGUGGGUGGGAAGAGAUGAAAGAAAAGCUCAUCCAGAUCUUUGUGGCUUCUGACCCGAUGCAGUCCAGACAUGGUGGAGGUCUCAGCUCAGCCUGGUCCUGGCUGAUCCCGGAUAGCUGUGAGAGUCACCAGAGGCUGCCUGAUCCUUAUGGCUAGGCCCUGGGCCCACCGUGAGGUGUGUACCAGCCUUGUCCUGGGAACAGUCUCCCUACAAAUCAGACUUGAAACUCAGGAAGCCACCAACUGGAUGAGCCUUUCUAAAACUGCUUAGAGGAGGAGAUUUUAAAUGCCUUGUUCUGUUCAUGGACACAUAUUUUAUUUAUAUUGUGCCAGAGGGGAGCUGGAGAAGGUGCCAUGCCUGGAAAAAGAAACUGGAUUUUCCCCAGACUGGGCAUGUUUAUAUAGUAGGAUUAUUUCCCGGUGGUAUAGUAUAAAUACAUAUAUAAGAAGCAGUAUUGUCUCAUAAAUCUUGGGGAAUAUCCUUUGUUCCGUUAUCCCUGUUUCAAAGCUGUCAUCCGUUUCUCCUUCCCCCCCCCAAAAAAUCCAUUAAAGUAUCCCUUUUGCUCCUGA